AUACGAGACACGAUGCGGUGCCUCCAGAAAAUACUUCUUCUCUCUUUCGUACUAGCACUGGGCAGUUCUUUCGUGGCUGCGGAAUACACCAAAUGGUCGGAUCUACCAGACUGCGCAAAAUCCUGCUUCCAAUUUGGUGUCGACAACACCAUCAUAGGCUGCGGCUUCUCGCUAAACUGCGACUGUGAUGACGGCAAGCCAGCCAGCCUGAUCAACACCUGUCUAUUGGCUUCGCCGCCAUGCGAUUCGAAUCCAAUCCACGAUGCGGUCGCCAGCUACGGCAACAAUGUUUUCUGCAAUGCAUCGAACCCAGACAGUGCUACGUAUGAGCUCGUGGAAGGAACCUACUCUUUGACGUUGGCUCUCUACACUCAGUACACCUUGACGGAGAGUCAAUCGACUUCAUUGUCUAUGACGGUUCAGGUA